CAAAGUUGAUUUACACCCCAGAAUUAUUUGACUCGCCGUCCACAGACAUAUUAUAUGUUCGAGGAGUUGUAUUAGCUGGGCAGAAAAAAUUCACACCAGAAUUGUCGUUCUCCUCAAGAGCGCACGAGAGGCCAGCCCAUGAUCUUCCAGUCGCCCCGUAAGAACGAUACAUCCCUUUCCUCCCAAAAAACCAUCACGAUGAGUGUAUGAAUGUCGCCGUCUCGAGAGUGGUGAACUACACGCGUACCAACCUCCGCUCUAUCUCUAUCCACUACCCUUCAAACCUGACCUCCGAUGCCGGCGUCAUGGAAAGAGGGUCUCGUCAAUGCUUUUCCGAUCCCUCAGGAUCGUACGAAGCUGAGAUAUGCUUCGAAGAAGGACAAACAUAAUGUGACCAUAUCCACGGAGCUCGUUUCUGUUGUGGAGUCGUUGGAGACUGUCUCUUUGGAAGGAGACCCUUUCCCAUUUCUCGACCUCCCAGGAGAGAUCCGUAAUAAGAUCUAUCACUUGGUCUUGUUCGGCAAGCCGGGCUACCGAGUCGUCAAUGGUCGGAUGCGACCUUCCCGCAUAGGUAUCAUGCUUGCCAACAAACGCACACACCGCGAAGCCGCCUACAUUCUUUACAGCACUUCAAGCUUCCGCAUCUUCCCUCUCCAGGAUUUCACUCCUGCGCCAGUCAUACAAGAGCUUCGCCCCAUGUAUCGCGCCAUGGUGACUUCACUGGAAAUGGUGGUCGGCUCAAGCUGGACAAGCCCACCCAAGACGUGGCGUGUAGGUAAACUUCUGGCAAAGCGCCUCUCCAGGCUCUCCGCUGUUCACACUUUGAAGGUCUUUGUCGAGCUUGAUCCCAGCUUGCCGAUGUUUGAGAAAUAUCGGGUCUCGCUGGGCUUCUACACCGACUUCUGUGGAGACCUCUUACGGGAUGUCCUCGCAUGCAUGCCGCACGUGAGCCACAUUGAACUGAAUGGGAAUCCGGGGAUCGACACAACAGGGCCACUGGUGUUGAGGUUGCUCCAGGAAGCAGAAACUAAGGGCAAAACGUGUACAUUAGGAUCAACGAAGGCGAUCACCACCCCGGCUGGAGUUAAGCUGGCAUUUUGGUAAAGACCGGCAUUAAUACAACUACUACUUCGUAACAGUCCUUGUGGAUCCUUCAAGUCCUAUUUGUAUC